ACCAUGGUCAACCCCACCAUGUUCUUUGACAUCGCCAUCGAAGGCAAGUCCUUGGGCCACGUCUCCUUUGAGCUGUUUGCAGACAAAGUUCCAAAGACAGCAGAAAACUUUCAUGCUCUGAGCACUGGGGAGAAAGGCUUUGGUUAUAAAGGUUCCUGCUUUCACAGAAUAACUCCGGGAUUUAUGUGCCAGGGUGGUGACUUCACACGCCAUAAUGGCACUGGUGGCAAGUCCAUCUAUGGGGAGAAAUUUGAUGAUGAAAAUUUCCUCCUGAAGCAUACGGGUACUGGCAUCUUGUCCAUGGCAAAUGCUGGCCCCAACACAAAUGGUUCCCAGUUUUUCAUCUUCACUGCCAAGACUGAGUGGUUUGAUGGCAAGCAUGUGGUCUUUGGCAAGGUGAGAGAGGGCAUGAAUAUCGUGGAAGCCAUGGAGAGCUUUGGGUCCAAGAAUGGCAAGACCAGCAAGAAGAUCACCAUUGCUGACUGUGGACAAAUCUAAUAAAUUUGACUUGUGUUUUAUCUUAACCACCAGACCAUUC